AUGUCCUUUGGCGACACCGAUCAUGAUCUAGACGCGAAAAGGCUGAAGAAGGAGGCAGGGGUGGCGACAGAGGCCGAGGUUUCGUUCGAGGAUGGCAUGGAUCUCUUGGUUCAGAAUGCGCUCUCCAACAUCAAUGACCUUAUGGGCCAAUUGAGCGACGAGCCCGACAUGUCAGCCGUUGUGCCCACCACCGAGCCGGACCCAGCCACCGAUCCCAUGGAUCUCGAUGUCUCUCAAAUUCACGAUUCACUGCCUCCUGCGCCUGCUGUUUUCCUGUCUGAGCCCGAGAAAUUUGUGCGCCAGGCGAAUAUCAAUGCAUUGGGCAUUCUGGCCAUGUCGGUCCUGCUCACGCUGUCGCAAAAGCCGUUUGAGGAGGCGACCCAGAAGCUCCAAGAUCCAACUUCAGACCAUUCAUGCUCCUUACGCAAGCUCCGGACGAGCCUCGAAGCGACGAGAAGUCUCUAUUCGCCAGGCCCGAUAUUGUUCGCCAGCGAAUUUGAAAUGACUAGCCACGAUUCGCAGACGAUCAUUCUGCUCUCCAACCUCGCACAAAUAGGUCUAUGGAUAUUGGACGGAGACGCUUCGUCGAUGCGUGAAGCAGAAAUGCACAUGAUGCCGAUUUACCGUGACCCUCUCGUAAUCCUGCCAAAGAAGCUGUCAGAUUUGUGGGUAGCCAUCAAAACGCAGCUGGCCAUCGAGGACCUCCAGACAAAAGAUCCCGCAAGGUCAUUCGACGAACAGCUCAACUUCUCACUUCUCGAAGGAUUCGAGCUUAAGCUCAAGGAUGGACAAGCUGAUCAAGCGCUGUCGGACUCCUCCCAGGAACUACUAUCAUCUCUGAAGUCUCGCAAGGAUGAGCUGCUCAGGCUUGCCCAGUCAGAGCUUGGGCUUGCUGCUGUAAGAAACUCGUACCCACCAGAAAACGCAGUCAGGACAUUUAGUACAUGUGCCAGCGAGCAGCUCGUAUCAGCAACACAGCUUGGGCAGACAUUCGGGCUCUCGAUUCCGGCCCCUAUCGAAGAGGACGUUCUGCAAGGGCUUACUGGUGCUGCUGAUACAGGUGAACUUGACAUGGAUGAUCUUGAUUCCUUCUUCGAGAAAACUACCUCGGGUCUGGUACAGAGUGCGUUGGCUGGUUUCACAGAUGAAGAGCCACAACCAACACCAGCAUCAGUACCGACACCGACACCGGCGCCAGUCAGUGAACCUGCGCCGGUCACCACCACCGCCGUCGCAGCCGCUACCCCUGCUACUCCUACAAUAACCACGACAAAGCCUGAAGCUCCUACUCCGACUCCUGGAAACUACAUUACUGAUUACAAAGAACUCGAGGCUCUGGUUGCAGAGAGUACGUCGAAUUAUGUCAAAACAACUCUUCAGGGGCUGUCACCUGCUCCUUACCAGCCGACAGUGCCUACAAGUACAGGUGGGAGACGCUCCGUGCUACCGAGAAAUGAUGAUGUCGUUACUGACUUUGUGCCAGCGGAGAGCAUGGCUGCUCAAUCGUCCAGCUUGUUUAGUCAUCUGCAUCAACAGCAUGCCCAACACUCUUAUUAUACCUCCUUGUCGCACGUGGUACCCGAACCGCAACCUCAGCACCCCGUGACCGGCGAAAACUUACCACCAAACCAAUCAUUCCCCAGCGCAAUACUAUAUGAUAAGGCUAGACAAGCGGCAUUGUCAAAGACGACAGCGCAUACUCGUAGAGAGGGCCUUCAUUCUACUCGUCGCCCCUGGUCUCAGGAGGAGGAGAAGGCGUUGAUGGCAGGUCUUGAUAUGGUGAAAGGCCCCCACUGGAGUCAAAUACUCACUCUCUUUGGACCAGCUGGUACUAUAUCAGACAUUCUCAAGGACAGAACUCAGGUGCAACUGAAAGACAAGGCUCGUAACCUGAAGCUUUUCUUCUUGAAAACUAACUCUGAGAUGCCUUACUAUCUUCAAGCAGUUACGGGAGAGCUUAAGACCCGUGCUCCUACACAAGCUGCAAGAAAAGAAGCAGAAGAACGGGCGCGGCUAAACUCAGAGGAAGAUCAAGCGAAACUACAAGGAAUCAUGGCCUUGGCGGGUGGCUUGCAACACCCUCCCCAAAAUCGGGGAGCCGCCGGCUCUGUAUCAGCAGUUGGGUCGGGUGUAGUUACACCUGCUCAAUCAGCUGCGCAAGUAGCAGCGCAACAUCCUGGCGUGAACAAUCAACAGGCUGUGAACGGAUAUACGGCAACGCAAGCUCCAGCCCGACCUGGAAUCCAGACUACAAGCCAUCAAGCAAUACACUCUGUGGCCCAACCCUCUGCUAGGCUUCAAAGCCAGCUACCUCCACAAGUACCUCGGCCCCAGCCGCAACAAGCUGCCACGCAAGGGAUUCAAGCAGCCAUGCAGCAACCCGUCCAGCAGAAUCAGCAAACUAUGGGACAGUAUGGCCAACAACCAACUCACCAUCAUUUGCAACACCAGAUGCACAGGCAGGCUUCCACAUCAAGACCAGCCACUCCGCAAACGCCAUCUCACCACCGCCAAAGCUCUGGAACACCUACUCCAGGCCCUGCAGGUGUAUCUACACACAGUUCUCCCGUGCCCGCCGCGCAACCACAGCCGCAGCAUACCCUGAAACUCCCGACGCCGCCCCAGCCCCAAAUGUCGUACGCUCCGGUCACCCAAGCUUCGCCCGUAGAACCCAUUCAACACACGCAGCCACAUCCUGCGGACCAUCAAAACGACAAUGCCGCCGAGGCUGCUUUACUCCAAGGACUCCAGGCUGCUGUGGCAGAGGCCACAUCGUGA